AUGGAUAUCCCUUCUCAACCAAGACAGUCUGGCCCGGACGAUUAUUUUGUCAUAUCAUCGCGUGUUCAUGGUCAGAGUCAUCUCCCCAGUCCAGUAUGCGUAGAGGCAAGUCGUUGCCGAGCAUGUCUCUUCCCUAUAGAAAUACAGAAGGAGUCUAUCAUGGCGUUAACUCCGGAUGGCCAAGUAUCUACGCCAUUCCUCAUGCACGGGGAAGAGUGCUACUCACCUAUCUACUUCGACAAGACUCUCAACACAGCAUUCCGACUCUGCUCUCAUCCUUCCUGCACCCACACAAGGGGCCUUGCCGUUACCUUUCAUGCUGAUUGUGCCCGCAUGGCCACUUGUUUCCGAAACCCUCUCAUCAGAUACUGUCCGUUUACUGAAUACUCGUAUCAACCAAGCAAACAGCACCAGAAUAAUCGGAGGGAGACAAUACGUAUCCUGAUCGAGAAUGCCCUCCACAAAACAUAUGGGAAUCUAUCACCAGAGUUGUGGCGUAUUGUUUCCGAUGAUGAUGAAUUGAUCAGGCUUUACACCACAGCUGAAAUGGCUUUGACUUGCCAUAAGAGCGAACGGUCUAUCAGUCUAGCGACUACGGUCUGGGCCACUUAUACCACUGUUGAUGGUAUUAAAUACGUGAGCUCAUUAUCCGGAUCGCCUACACCUGGAACCCGCCUAGCUUGGGACAGUAUUUCUUUAUCAGGCGCCCAGCAUUUGUACGUUUCCAGUGAUCAUCUCGGGAUUAGGCAAAUCGUUACCGACACUGCCUUGGCCCAAGUCAAUGAAUCAGCUCCUGUUUACUGGAAAACACUAUCGAUUGAGAGUCAAAGGCUUUCAUUUACGGACGAUGGGUACAAAUUACGAGAAGUGUCGAUUCCUUCUCUUGUUCACUGGUCCCGCCCAAUGUCACCGUCCAUUCUUGGCUCUCUGGCCUUUUACUACGCCGGCUGGGGAGAGGGAGAGGUUAUUGCGAGGAUGAAGACGCUCACUUUCAACCAGGAUUGCACAGUUGGUUACUCAGUCUGCUGGUCGGGCAACGAAAUGAUUUCCAUUCACGCAAACCGUACUACUCAAGAGGCCAUCAAAUACAAUGCCGCGAGCGACGAGCAUUCCGAAUAUAACGAGUACAGCAAUUUUAAAUGGACAUAUCAUCCUGUUGAACAAGGCGAGUACAUUCAACAAGUCUGGUUGCGUGGAUCUACCAAGUACGAUACUUCCAGUGCUCUUCCAUGUCGGGGUGAAGGCAGUUUAGGUUUCCAUCUGUCUACGCCCUGGGGCAUACAAAAAUACAAGAGACCCAGUGACAUUGCACUUGCGCUUGUUACUAACAAGAGGCGGUUGAUAAUAUCUGGAAGCUACCCGGAUCACCGUGGAAAGAAUACUCCCUACUCAAGACACCGCGAGUGGCUGAUGAUCGCUGAAACGAAGACUCGCGAGCCUAUCACGAUGUUCUUCUCUCCUUCAAUUCAUGGAAUCCCUCUCAUUGCUUCACCCAAGUUACCGGACAACGGCAAGAACAUAACUUUACUAAAGCAAACCCCACUCAAUCCCAUGCCACGAUUUAACCCUCUCCAUACGCUGCACUAUUCUUCAGCCUCUUUGAAGGAUGUCGUCAGUGUCACAGUAUGCAGGGGCAAAAGCAAAAAGGACACGGGGAUCAUUCGAAAGUUUGAUCUGGAGAACAGUUGUUUUAUUGAGACCAAGUAUAGCAAGAUUGCAGGACUUCUGUUUCGAUACAGAAAUGGCUUUGAAGCCAGUGUUGGGUGUUUUCGAUCGGAUUCAACUGAAGUGACGCUUAGGACAGCUGGGUCUGGAGGAUUGUUCGUAGGAACUCGGCCUGGUACAAUAACACAACUACCACCCCAUGUAACAGCUGUUAGCUUUGUGAGCCCAGAGGAUGAGAAGGAAUGGAAUUGGAGGGAACUACCUUGGUCUGGCACACUCGAAUGGUGGUUCAAUCCUGAUAACCUCGAUACCAGCAUCAAUCAUGUUGGUUGA